AUGGAGGUUCAAGGAACUGCUUCAGAAACUUCCAUACCAGCUUCAGCUCCUUCUUUCGAUCAUCUUCAUCCUUUGUAUCUGUAUCCAUCAGAUUCACCUGGAUCGUUGAAUGUUGGGAUCUUACUCAGUGGAAGUGAUAACUAUACUUUAUGGAGCAAGGCUAUGGAGUUAGCUUUGCUUGGAAAGAAUAAGGUUGGAUUUAUCGAUGGAACAGUGAAGAAGACACAGUUCACAGGGGAUUUGACUCAACUUUGGGAUCGCUGUAAUGCCAUAGUUGUUUCGUGGAUAUUGUGCAAUCUGCAUAAGGAGAUUUUUACUCUUGUUCAAGGUGUCUCGUCUGUGUCAUUGUACUACUCUAGAUUGAAGGAUUUGUGGGAUGAAUAUGAUUCUAUAAUGCCUCCUCCAGCUUGUACAUGUUCUAGAUCUAAAGAGUUUUUUGAGCAAUUACAACAUCAGAGAAUGUUACAGUUUCUAAUGGGGCUUAAUGACAAUUAUAGUCAGGCUAGAAGCCAAAUUCUGUUAAUGCCACAACUUCCUAGCAUUAAUCAAGCAUAUGCUAUGGUUAAUCAAGAUGAAAGCCAAAGAAUGGUAGCUGGAUCAAGUAGAGUAAUGACUGAUAUGGUUCCUACUGCAAUGUUUACGUCUAAUUCUGGUCCUGGUGGUCAUAAACCUAGAAGAUCUUAUAAUCCAAAUGCUCUUUGUGAUUACUGCAAUAUCAAAGGACACAUGAGAAGUGAUUGUAAUAAACUUCUAAAAUGUGAUUUUUGUCACAAAACAGGCCAUCUUAAGAGUAAUUGCUAUAAACUAAUUGGAUAUCCUGCUGAAUACAAAGGUAAAAGAGAUACAAUUGUUGCUAGGAAUUCUAUCUAUAAUGCAGGACAUGUGUCUCAACAGUAUCAAUGUGAUAAGACAGAAACAGUUCAAUCAUCUUACAAUUCUCAGAUGCCUCAGAUGAUGCAAUCAUCAUUCUCUAAUAAGAUGCAACUCCAGCCUCCAAGUGUUUCUUCUUCACAUAACAAUGAAUCUCAGAUGCCUUCUUCACAUUACAAUUCUCAGAUGCCUUUAUUCACUCCAUUGCAACAUCAGAAAUUACUCAAAAUGCUUAAUCAAACUAAACUUGAAGAUAUAAGUGGUACAUCAAAUAUGACAGGUAAUCAUACUUCUCUGAAGUGGAUUAUAGACACUGGAGCAUCCCAUCAUAUAGUAAGAAACCAUACAUGUUUAUGUAAUUCAGUUAUGGUAGAGAAUGCAGGUCAAGUUCAGCUGCCAACUGGUACUUCUGCCAAGGUUUCACAUGUUGGAGAUUGUCACAUAGGAGGAGGUGAUGUUCUUAGAAGAGUAUUGUGUGUACCAGCUUUCAAAUUCAAUCUUCUGUCAGUGUCUCAAAUGACAAAAGAUUUGAAUUGUUGUGUCACAUUUUACCCAAGUUGUUGUGUUUUACAGGACCUAGGAUCUGGGAAGGUGAGAAUGAUUGGUAAAGAGGAAGAUGGACUUUACACUUUCUACUCGCAGCCUGGUCAGUAUGAUCACAACAAGAUGUUACAACCACACCAUUGCAUGACAACCAUUCAGAGUGUGGAGGCAAAUGCAAAUAUAUGGCAUCAAAGGUUGGGACAUGUUCCCAUGGGAGUCAUCAGAAAGAUUUCAUCAUUUCACAAGUUUGGUAAUAAGUUUGCUUUACAUAAAUGUGAUAUCUGUCCUCUUGCUAGACAGACAAGAUUGCCUUUUCCACACAGUACUAGUAGUUCUACAUGUGUUUUUCAGCUUCUACAUAUGGAUGUUUGGGGUCCCUAUAGAGUUGAAACAUAUGAUGGCAUGAGAUAUUUUUUUACUAUAGUUGAUGACUAUUCUAGAUGGACUUGGACUUUCUUAAUGAGACUUAAAUCUGAUGUUGUUAGUUUGCUAAAACAAUUUGUUGCUGAAAUAGAAACUCAGUUUGAUAAGAGGAUUAAAAGGAUAAGAUAUGAUAAUGGCACUGAAUUCUUCAAUACCAAUUGUGAUGAUUUGUUUAAACUUCAUGGCAUCAUUCAUGAGAGUUCUUGUCCAUAUACACCUCAACAAAAUGGGGUAAUGGAAAGAAGACACAGACAUAUUUUAGAAACUGCAAGAGCUAUCAAAUUUCAAGCUGGUUUUCCUGACAAAUUUUGGGGAUUAUGUAUUCAUGCUGCUACUCAUGUGUUGAACAAAAUUCCUUCUACAACUUUAGGGAAUGUAUCAUCUUUUGAGAGAUUAUAUGGAAGACCUCCUCUUUUAGACUACAUGAGAGUCAUUGGAUGUAUGUGUUUUGCCACUAACAUUACUACACAUGAUAAGUUUAGUCCAAGGGCAAUUAGAGCUGUUUUGAUGGGAUAUGGUACGACUCAAAAAGGAUACAAGCUGUAUGAUUUGGAAAACAAGAGAUUCUUCAUUAGCAGGGAUGUAACUUUCUUGGAAACAGUCUUUCCUUUUCAUGAUCACACUCCUAAACAGAAUCAGCUAGUACAACCUGGAGAUAUGUUUGAUUAUGAUGUCCUAGUUGCAGAUUCUACUUCUUCAACUGUUUGCCAAGACAGUGGUUCUCCUUCUUCUCAGAAUUGUGAGGAUUGUGUAAAUGAUUUGUCACAAGUUUCAUGUGACAUUACUCCACCACCUUUAAGAAAAUCAAGCAGAAACUCUAGGCCUCCUAUUUGGCACAAAGACUAUGUAGUCACAGCUGGUUCUAAGAAAUGUAAUUACUCUCUUGCAUCAGUCUUAGACUAUGAAGGAUUAUCACCUACAUAUCAAAGUUUUGUGUCAAAGUUUUCUGUUGAAACUGAACCAUCAAGUUACUUAGAGGCAGGUACAAGAUCCUAG